AUGGUUCAAAAUCUCUCCACCCAUAAGAAGUCAAGGAAAAUGGUGGAACUAAAAUUGAAGAGGAGUUUGGAGAAGAUGACAAGGGGUCCCAUAAGAGAGAGCCCAUCUGGAGAUUUGGUUAAAGAAGGCAAAAUUUGGACCAUGCGAAGCCAUGGGCAACGCCUUGGUGAAGCCCCAGACGGCGCCAAGCGUGGCCAUCGGAAACGCCAGGCGAGGACCUUGGAGCCGUCAGAUCGCAAGCAGGCAGAACCUCUGGCAAUGCCAGUGGCUGUCCAAGCGCUUCAGGNACAAGAGAGAGCCCAUCUGGAGAUUUGGUUGAAGAAGGCAAAAUUCGGACCAUGCGAAGCCAUGGGCAACGCCUUGGUGAAGCCCCAGACGGCGCCAAGCGUGGCCAUCGAAAACGCCAGGCGAGGACCUUGGAGCCGCGAUGCUGUCGAAGACUUGGAUGCUCUAGGCGACGGUGCCUCAGUCGUAGGAAGUACAGGUGAUGCCUCGGGGGACUCAGCUUGUCUUGCUUUGAUGCUGGUAUUCCUUUGA